AAGUAAUGUUAUAUUUUUCACCAACUAUGUUAUCCAAAGAGUAUAUUUAAAAUUAAACAUUAAAAGUUUAAUCUUAACCUUUAGAGAUUCAUAACGAGUCCAGUCCUCUGUCCUUCUUUUUUUUUUGUUUUCUUAUUAGUUUUGAUUUUAAUAGUACCUGUUCCCUGUGUUCUGGAAUGACAGAAGCAGUUGCAGACUGAUUGGGCAGAUCCAUAGUAUCCUUCUGAGCUGAUGAUUUUCACUCUGAAGUAGUUUUGCCCAUGGAUUAGCCAGUUUUGCUGGCUAAUGGCAGCUUUUUGUCUUAGCAGAUUUUUUCAGGUAAUGGGCUGCGGGAUAAAGAGAGUGUAUAGCAAGUCUGCUGUCAUAUGCAAAUAGGUGUGACUAAUUGUUUUUCUGCAGUGAGUCCUUACUUGUUUUGGAUGGUAGCAAAAACCCCCAAGCCUUUAGCUGAACAUAUCCUGUGGCUUGUAUGCAGCUCAUUCAUGUGUCUGGCUAGAAAACCUGGGUUUUUCUCUGUAUUUUUGGUGGCAUUUUGGCACAUUUAAUUCUUGAAUUGGUUUCUUUUGAAGCUUUAAAAAAAGAUUAAAACACCCUCUUAUAGGAUGAAAAAAUUAGGGAUCAGUUGUAGAAGCAGCUAAAAUAAGCUUUUCACUUUAAUUAUGUUUCUUAAGUAAGAAGUGUUUUGAAAAGAUCAGACCAUGGUUGUUAGUCUCUAAUCAUUAGCUGGUUUUGCUGUGAAAAAGGCAUUAAAGUGCUUUGAAGUUUUUGGUGUUUUUUCUUCUCCCUCUAUAAAAUAUAUGAAAGUUAGGCACAGCCUAAUCCUGUUAACUAGAUUUAGUUUGUAGUAACUCUGGGAUUAAUGGUGUCUUUUAAGGAAAUGUGUCUCUUAUUUGCUGUAGCUUCCUGGUGUCUUGUCUUUGGACACUGAGUAGGGCUGGUGCUGUAACUUAUUUGCAUAUAAAGUAGUUCUAUUGCUAUAAGAUCAUAUAAGUAGUAUGUAUAUAUAUACAUAUAAGAUUAUAUAAGUAGUUUUAUUGCUAUAAGAUAACGAUUCUCUGCCCAGAUGUGGUUGUGACUCGGUGCAUGAGUGCAGUUGCACCUGAAGUCUCAGCAGUCUGCACCAGCUGCUCUGUAGGGUUUUGGUUUUUCUCAGUUGUUGGUCACUGUCAAUGUGAGCACAUUUCACUGUCCUGGGGAGCCCCCGUGCUUGUUUGGUGUGUGAGGCUGUGGGGAGGGUGGGGGCAGUGUUGUACUGCCUCAGGAUUUGCACAUCAGUGUGUCACUCAAGCCUACAAGCACACUGCUACACAAACUGCAUUUCCUUUCAUCAAGGGUAGAUACCACUCCUAAGGCAGUUCAGCUUUUCCCUUUGUGUUUUUUAAGCUAAUUUUUUUGUACUUACAAAAUUCACACUUUGAAGAUACUAUGAAUUUUUUAGUUUGACAUCUUUAAACUAGUACUUAAUGUCAGCAGACUUGAAAAAAAACUUCAGAGUUUAAAGUGAUAUCAAGUCUGGAAAUGUGAAGACUUCAGUGAGGGCUGCAGAUGUGUGUAGCUCAAGGAGUGGUGCACAGUGAGUGUAAUGUCUCUGAUGUUUGAAAACCUGCUCGAGGAAGGAGGUGUGCUCCUCAGUGUGUGUGUAUGGAAUCCUGGGCAGCAAGUAUCCCUAGGAGUGGUGUAGAAGGGGAACACAAGAUCUGAGUACCUCAUAUUAAAUAAGAAAAAGGAAACUAAUUAAUUCAUUUCAAACAUCAGGCUUGAAGUGUGAAGUCAUCUGUGUAAGUCAAGCAAGGACAGAAUAGCUGCCAUGGAACAUUGGUUUUGUGUGUUGAGAGGACAAAGAGAUGGGCUGUGGGCACAGUGAUUGUCUUCAAAGACACAGUGCUAGUUUAGCUUUCUGUCCCUGAACAUUUAUUCAUUGGACACUGUGGGUUUGCAAUGUCAGUAGAUGCAACACUCAGAUAUCUCAGUCCUGAAGCUUUCAAAAUAUACCUAGCUAGGAUUUGUCAGUGUUAAACCCUUGGUGCUAAAGGAAUUGACUGAGAGGUUAAAGAAAUCCAAGGUUACUUCAUCCAGUUCUGGUAACAUCAUCGUGGACAAAAAGCACCAUUUCAGAAGGCAGAGAUAACCUUUUUGAAUAAAGAUGAUUAAUUUAUCCUGUUAACCAAGCCUGUUGUGAUUAAAACCUCCAACUGCAUAUUUGGAGAGAAGAGGAAUGGGGGAAUGUAAUAUCUGACUGAGUAUCAAAAAAGAGGCAGCAAAGUUAGAUGGGGUCUGCAGUGUGCUCAGGAUUUGGCUCAGGGUCUGUGCACUGCGUUGUCAGGUGGUGAGAAGGGGCCCUGUGGCUGACUAAGCUGCAGUGCCUCAGGGGGUGGCUGAUUCUCUCCACCACUUUUUGCUGUCUUGCAUCCAGCGUAAUUUGUUUUAUGCAGUCACUGUAACCUGUUAUUAAGCUGUAAGCUAUCCCCUUUUAAAAACAAAACGAAAGCAUAAAGACCCAGGCUGUGUUGCUGAUGCUCAGAGAACUCAGCCAAGUCCUUUGUCAGAAGACUGUCUAGUGUGGCAGUGGCACACCAGAAUCAAUUGCUGAAAGCCGAAGAUGAACUGGUGAGUGCGAAUUGGUGCAAAUAAAUAGAAUUGCUUCAGCAUACAACUAAAGAAAAAAGAAAUUCUUCUCUAAGAGUGAGAGCCUUUUUGGAGGUGUUAUUAGACAACACAGAUCCUUGCAGAGAAGGGGUGACUGGAUGGAUAAAUAAUGAUUCAUGAUGUUCAGGCAUACAGUAUCUAGUUACUCCUUCUGGUCUUCAGAGACUCAUGGGUUAAUGAAAUUGUUCCAUCUUUGCAGUUUGGUCAGUAUAGCAGACAAGGAGAAUGGUGUGGGCUUAGUAUUUUUUCUGCACCAUUCUUCCUCAGUGUCAAGAGACUGAGAAGAGGAGACAGGACCAUCAUUCCUUAGGAUCCCACAGGUCCAAGGAAUCUGAAGGCAGUGGAUAUGUGAGGGCCUCUCAGCAAGCCUCAGUGCCCAUUCCAAGAAUGCUCCAGUAGUGAAGAGAAGAAAGGAAAAAAGAAAAGGGAAAAGAAACCCCACCGAAACACCAAAAACUGUUCUGGUUUUGAACCUUGCUGCCUUCAACACUGGCUGAAUGACCAGCAGUGAAACUGUCCUGGUGCCAAGACUGUGGCAUGGUCCUUUUACACUCUGGUGCAAAAUCAGUCUGUUCUCAGCGUGCUGCUGGUGAAACUUGGAAUCUGUAUCCUCAUCUCCAUCUUGGAAGUCUUCAGUCACUCUCUGUAUUGGAACACAAGCUUUUGGGAUUGAAGAUGAGAUCUCAAGGAUUUCUAGGAUUGUUCUUGCUACUCUGCAGGUUAUCAGCAAGCAAGGAUUUGGCACAGACAUCCUAUUUCAUGGCUACCAACAGCCUUCACCUUACCACGUUCUGUCUUCAGUACAAGCCCACAGUGAUAGCAUGUGUGUGCAUUCACUUGGCCUGCAAAUGGUCCAACUGGGAGAUUCCAGUGUCAACAGAUGGGAAACACUGGUGGGAAUAUGUAGAUCCCUCAGUUACUCUAGAGCUACUAGAUGAGCUAACUCAUGAGUUUCUGCAAAUACUGGAGAAAACACCUAGCAGGCUCAAGAGAAUUAGAAAUUGGCGGGCUAAUCAGGCAGCUAAGAAACCUAAAGGUGAUGGACAAGUAUCUGAGAACUCUCUUCUUGGUUCAUCUUUGGUCCAGAAUUCCAUUUUGGUGGAUACAGUUACUGGUGUAGCUGCAAACACAAGUUUCCAAAAACCAUCGACGUCGUUUCCUGCACCAGUACCUCUGACCUCAGGAAGUAUUUCUGUUCCAGACAGUCACGCACCUGAAAAUUUGGCAAUAUUAGCUACAGGAAUGCCAAGUACCUCAUACAGUUUGGCAUCACACCAGGAAUGGCCUCAGCACCAAGAACAAACAAGGACAGAACAAAUUUACUCCCAGAAGCAGGAGCCACUGCCUGCUGGUCAGUACAACAUGAACUUCCAAGCAGGGGCGUCCGUGCAGUUGCACUCUGGAGCGCACCACAGACCUGACAAACUUGCUGAGCAUUCUACUGUCAAACAAGAAUAUUCUCACAAGUCAGCAAACAAACACCACGGACAAGUUGCUGCUCCUGUAAUAAUCCCUCAGAAAAUGUCUUUGGAUAAAUACAGAGAGAAGCGCAAACUAGAAACCCUGGAACUGGAUGUCAGAGAACACUAUGUAGCAACCCCAGGCGAGCAGCAGCAUAAAAAGCACCUGCAGCCACAGGCAGGCAGCACUUCUGUUACGUCUCCCAUUAAAAUGAAAAUUCCUAUUGCAAAUGCAGAGAAGCCUGAAAAACAUUUGCCUGAUAAGAAAGAGAAGAGCGGCUCGCUCAAACUCCGUAUCCCAAUCCCGCCCACAGAAAAGGGUGCCAGUAAGGAGGAGCUGAAAAUGAAAAUCAAGGUUUCUUCCUCAGAAAGGCACAGCUCGUCGGACGAGGGCAGCGGCAAGAGCAAACACUCGAGUCCCCACAUCAGCAAAGAGCACAAGGACAAACACAAGGAGCACUCCCUGAACCGCCACCACGGCGUGGGCCACAAGCACUCGCACUCGCACGGGGGCGGCGGCAAGCACGGCGCUGACGGGGUGGCGCCCUCUGUGCUGAGGAGUCCCGUGGGCCUGGGCAGCGACGGCAAUUCCUCCAGUUCCGGCUCCUCCAGGAAGAAGUUGCACAGCAACGACGCUUCUCACAACCACCACUCCAAAAUGAGCAAAAGUUCCAAAAGUUCAGGUAGUUCAUCUAGUUCUUGCUCUGUUAAGCAGUAUGUAUCCUCUCACAACUCUGUUUUUAACCUUCCCUUACCCCCUCCUCCCCCUGUCACAUACCAGGUGGGCUACGGACAUCUCAGCACCCUCGUGAAACUGGACAAGAAACCAGUGGAGAACGGUCCUGAUGCCCAUCCCCAGUACAGUACAAACAGCCAGCAUAUGGACUACAAAGACACAUUCGACAUGCUGGAUUCGCUGUUAAGUGCCCAAGGAAUGAACAUGUAGUCAAUUCUUAGGUUGUUUUUCUUUUGUUUUUUGUUUUUUGUUUUAAUUUAAGAAUCGUUAGAAUGGAAAACUUCCUAAUAUAGCAGUAGCAACACCAGCUGUUGCUGCCGUGGUUUCAGUAUAUGUAAGUGCUGCUUUAUCCUUCACUCUGAAAAGAAGAGGUAUAGUAAACAAGUCUUUAUCUCCACAUACAAUAGUGUUAUAAAUACUGUAAUAGCAUGGAAGGUGCAAAAAUCUCAGUAUUUCUACGACUGCAGCUAAGAACAGUAGAAUGAACGCCCGCUUUUAGGUGUAUAGGAUGCCUCGAGCAUUGAAUAUUUAUGAGUUUGAGUACUGCAGCCACAACUUUUUGUUGCAUAGUUUUUGAAUGAGUGUCAUUGUUUUCUUGUGUAUUUAUACUGUAUGUAUGAUUUGCAUGUUUCAAAGAUAAAGGGAUUAAAAACAGUAUACUGACAACUGUUUACAAGAAAGUGGAGAAAAAUGUACAUACAUUUUUGUAUGUUUAGAUAUACCAUAAAUACUCAGGAUUGGAGCUGCUUGUAAGUAUAACAAAAUACACAUAACUUUAUUUUAUCUUGCCAGAGUCCAUCAGUUACCCAAACCAAGAUGGCACUUUGUCUUGUUUAUCUUUAAACUGUAGGCCUUAUCGGAAGCCACUCAAAAGGGACACUUCACUGGAGGAGGCAUCCAGAACCCUGCAGGGUCAGCACCACACAGUAUUAGCAGGGAGGCAGGAGAAGGGAGAGGCCUCUGCUCACUCACUAUGGCCAGACCUCGGAAAUGUCCCUAGAUUUCUGAAGGAAAAAGGAAUUAAAAUAAAAGUUUACAUAAUC